AGCACAAGAAUGGAAGGAUCUUUAUUCAGUCCUGCUUUGGAGGGGUUGAAGGUUGUUAAAUCUGAAGAGGGAAAAGUACUCACAAAACCUUUCUUGGAUAUAUGCAGAAGUUUGUUACCUGUUUUAGACAACUUUGGAGGAGCAUUUUCAUUUGUAAAAUCUGACAUUGGUGGUAACAUCUCGAGGUUGGAGUCUAAGUAUCAAACCGACCCUUCAGAAUACAAAUUCUUAUUCAGUUUAGUGCAAAAAGAGGUUGAAGCUAAAACGGAAAAAGCUUCAUCUAGUUGCACAAAUGGGUUGCUAUGGCUAUCAAGGAGCAUGGAUUUCACGGUACAAAUGUUCAACAACUUGCAUGAACAUCAAGAUUGGACCAUGCAACGUGCUUGCUCUGAUUCAUACAACAAGACAUUGAGACAGUGGCAUGGCUGGCUAGCUAUUUCCAGUUUCAGUGUUGCAAUGAAGCUGGUCCCAGAAAGGAAAAAAUUCAUGGAGAUAAUCAGUGGAACUGGGAAUCUUGAGUCUGAUAUGGAAGAAUUCUGUACCAGUUUCUCUUCAGUGCUUGUAGAGAAUCAUAAAUUCCUGGCUAGUGUUGGAAUGGAUAGUGCGAAAGCUUGA